AUGGAAGAGGGAAGUUGUAAACCUAACACCGUAGUGUAUAACACGGUCAUUGAUAGUCUUUGCAAGGAUAAAAUGGUGGAUGAUGCUAUGAAACUCUUUUCUAAGAUAAAUGAACAAGAUGCAUGUACCAAGGAAGGGAAGAUGAAUGAGGUAGAGGGGGUACUUGAAGUCAUAAUACAAAGAGGUGUGGAUCCUAAUGUAGUCACAUACAAUACUCUAAUGGAUGGAUAUUGUUUGCAAGGCCACAUGGAUAAAACAAUUAGAGUGUUCAAUACCAUGGUGGAGAGGGGCCUUCACCCUGAUGUUUUUAGCUAUACCAUUCUAAUCAGUGAAUAUUACAAGAAAAUGAAAAUAGAUGAGGCCAUGCUUCUCUUUCUAGCAUUGCCUCGAAGGGGGUUGAAACCCAACAAUGGACCUUCCAACGAUUCUCAAACUUAUGGUAUCUUAUUGGAUGGGUUGUGCAAAAAUGGGCAUAUUUCUGAAUCAUUGUCAUUAUUCCACAUGAUGGAAAGCAAUGGUUUACAUCUUGAUACUGUUAAGUAUAAUAUUCUCAUUGAUGCAUUCUGCAAGGAUAAAAAGCUUGACAUUGCAAGGGCCAUUUUUAGUAACCUUUCUUCCAAGAGAUUACAACCAAAUGUUAAGACAUACACUAUGAUGAUCCGAGGUCAUUGUAAAGAAGGCCCACUGCAUGAAGCUAAAGAGUUGUUUGUUAAAAUGGAACAGAGUUGUUGUUUUCCAUAUGAUGUCACUUACAACACUAUUAUCUGA